CACUCUCCGGAAGUGGCCCGGGCCUCCCGGUCGGGGCCUCUCCACCCGGCUCCUGCUGAGGGCCGGGGUGCGGUGGUGAUGGCGGAGGCGGCGCUGCUACUGCUGCCGGAGGCGGCGGCGGAUCGGGACGCUCGGGAGAGGCUGGCUCUCUGGGAUCGGCGGCCGGACACGACGGCGCCGCUCACCGACAGGCAGACGGACUCAGUACUGGAGCUGAAGGCGGCGGCGGAGAACUUGCCCGUGCCGACCGAGCUUCCCCUUGAAGACUUCAGCAGUUUAACGUCCCAAUCACUGCCCAUUUCGCUGACUUCCAUAGUGCCAGAAUCUACAGAAGACAUUCUGAUGAAGGGCUUCACUUCCUUAGAGAUGGGAGAAGAAAGAAUUGAAACUGCCCAGCAGUUUUUCUCAUGGUUUGCAAAGCUCCAAACUCAGAUGGAUCAGGAUGAAGGAACUAAAUACAGACAGAUGAGGGAUUACUUGUCUGGGUUUCAGGAGCAGUGUGACGCCAUACUGAAUGAUGUAAACAGUGCUCUUCAGCACCUGGAGUCAUUGCAGAAACAGUACCUUUUUGUGUCCAAUAAGACUGGAACCCUACACGAAGCCUGUGAACAGCUCCUCAAAGAACAGUCGGAACUUGUUGAUCUGGCUGAAAAUAUUCAACAAAAGCUUUCCUAUUUUAAUGAAUUGGAAACUAUUAACACAAAAUUGAAUUCCCCUACAUUGUCUGUGAAUAGUGAAGGAUUUAUACCUAUGCUGGCCAAAUUAGAUGAUUGUAUAACGUACAUCUCAUCUCAUCCUAAUUUUAAAGAUUAUCCUGUAUAUUUACUGAAGUUUAAGCAGUGUCUUUCUAAAGCUUUGCACCUCAUGAAGUCAUACAUUGUGAACAUACUACAGAACCUCACAAAUCAGUUAUUAAAAAGGGAUCCUUCAUCUGUACCUAAUGCAGACAAUGCUUUCACGCUAUUUUAUGUGAAGUUUCGCGCCGCUGCCCCCAAAGUCAGAACACUUAUUGAACAAAUAGAACAACGAUCUGAAAAAAUACCUGAAUACCAACAACUCCUAAAUGAUAUCCACCAGUGUUACCUUGAUCAGCGGGAACUCCUUUUGGGCCCUAGUAUUACUUGUACUGUAACAGAGCUAACCAGCCAGAAUAACAGAGAUCAUUGUGCCUUGGUUCGCAGUGGCUGUGCCUUUAUGGUCCAUGUUUGCCAGGAUGAACACCAACUUUACAAUGAAUUUUUCACAAAACCAACAUCAAAACUAGAUGAGCUUCUGGAGAAACUGUGUGUAUCAUUGUAUGAUGUCUUCAGGCCACUCAUCAUUCAUGUUAUUCACUUAGAGACUCUAUCAGAACUUUGUGGGAUCCUUAAAAAUGAGGUGCUUGAGGAUCAUGUACAGAACAAUGCUGAACAGCUGGGGGCAUUUGCAGCUGGUGUGAAGCAGAUGUUGGAAGAUGUACAAGAGCGGCUCGUCUACCGAACUCACAUCUAUAUUCAUACUGACAUCACUGGCUACAAGCCAGCUCCUGGCGAUCUGGCGUAUCCUGACAAGCUAGUCAUGAUGGAGGAAAUUGCACAGAGUUUAAAAGAGGAACAGAAAAAGGCACCUUCAGAAACUUCGUUCUCAGACGUUCAGUUAGAAGAAGCAGAGUCUAAUAGUCUGACAGAGUCUGGUUCCACAGAAUCCCUCAAUGCUAGACCACUGGCUACAAUUUCUCCAGCAGAUCUUCACGGAAUGUGGUACCCUACAGUUCGAAGAACUCUCGUCUGUCUCUCCAAAUUAUACAGAUGCAUAGAUAGGGCAGUGUUCCAAGGAUUAUCACAGGAAGCAUUGUCUGCGUGCAUUCAGUCCUUGCUGGGAGCAUCAGAGUCUAUCAGCAAAAACAAGACUCAGGUUGAUGGACAACUUUUCUUAAUUAAGCACCUUUUGAUUCUUCGUGAGCAAAUUGCUCCGUUUCACACUGAAUUCACCAUUAAGGAAAUUUCCCUGGACCUCAAGAAAACUAGAGAUGCAGCAUUUAAAAUCCUGAAUCCCAUGACUGUUCCAAGAUUUUUUAGGCUGAAUAGCAACAAUGCCUUGAUAGAGUUCUUGUUGGAGGGCACUCCUGAGAUAAGAGAGUAUUAUCUUGACUCUAAAAAAGAUGUAGACCGUCAUCUGAAGUCGGCCUGUGAGCAGUUUAUUCAGCAGCAGACCAAGCUGUUUGUGGAGCAGCUGGAGGAGUUCCUGACCAAGGUUUCAGCAUUAAAAACAAUGGCCAGUCAGGGAGGUCCCAAGUAUUCUCUGUCACAGCAGCCUUGGGCACAACCAGCAAAGGUCAGUGACCUUGUGUCAGGUGCCUAUAAGAUAAUAAAAGCAAAGCUGCCUUUGACAUUGAGGAGUAUGUCACUGUACCUGUCCAAUAAAGACACUGAAUUCAUCUUGUUUAAGCCUGUUAGGAACAAUAUUCAGCAAGUCUUCCAGAAGAUCCAUACUUUGUUAAAAGAAGAGUUUAGCCCUGAAGAUACCCAGAUCAUAGCUUGUCCUUCCAUGGAACAGGUGAACCUGCUGCUGUCGGGUUCUAAAUAACCAGGCCAGUUGGCUGCAUGUGUAAACGGUGUGUCCAGUAGGAGUGGCUGAGAAGUCUUGCCGCCUGCAGGACAUUGAGGAAUUGUAUGUGGAAGUGUCCCUGAGAGCCACGCAAGUCUGCUGCUCAGUGCUGACUGCAGAGUGUUAAGAAGAUUUAUGUUUCCCCUUUAAAAACAUCAAAAUGCCAAAGACUAACUUCUGGGUGGUGGUAACUGCCUCAUGUCAAUGUUGACCAGAAAUGGAAGUGUUUAGGAGGCAGUGACAGUGGGCUUGCAGGGAGAUGGCUCUCACCAAAGGUGUGCAGUGAAAGCUGUUACAAUAAGUAGUAUUGUAAUUCAAGCAGAAAUGGACUUUACAGAAACACAGCUCGUUAGACAGCUUCUAAGGGUUGCUAAAGUGUGGAAUAUUGCAAUACUUUUCACCACUAAGCAUUCCACAGUGACUGUGUCUUUUUACUUCCAAACUGUUAUUUCUACACUGUACUUAAUGUAGUGUUUCUCCUAUCAUUUUGAAUUUAGUUCAGAUGCUUCUAAGAACACAUUCUGCUUUCCUGGGAAUUCAGGGUGUUAUCUUCUGUAUGUGAGGUAGUUUAAAGACCCAAGGGCCUUGUAGAAGGUCCCGGAAUCUUUACUCCUUGAAUUGCUUAGGUGCAGAAUGUUCAACAGGAGGGAGCUGCAGCCUCUUCUUCAUAAAGAGAAAUGUCCAGUAUCUUUAAUGAGAAUCUCCAUGGUACAAUAGCCAGUGUUUGGGAGUGGAAAGUACCAAUUAAGGUGUCUUAGACAUGGCACAGAGAGAGAGGGGAGCUGGUGAAUAGUGGAUCUCAUGAAUGAAGGUGAGGGUUACCAGGUCCUGUGCACUGCCUUUGGCUUUAGCGCUUCUUUGACAAGGGAACGCUUUCACGUCCGGUGUCUUCAGCUGGCUGUGCUGCGUCCCAGCAUUUUGAAUUUCCAGUCCUGUUAGAGCGGAAUACAUUUUCCUAACAAAGAUAAGGAUGAUGAGAGCCAAAUGCCUAUACUGUCAGGGAUCAUAACAUAAAUUAUGCACAUCUGUGACUUCCUACAAAUACCCGUUUCCUGUUGGGGUUGGUUUUGCCUCCAGUGUUACAGUAAAUGUAGCCUGCUUUUUGGUUCAAAAAGAAGUGUGAGUUGCCUCAACACUAGCCUCGCAGUGGGGCACUGCCGGGGGCUCAGGGUUGGGGCGGCGGGCCCAGUGGUGCGGUCAGUGCCUGUCACUUGCUCCACAGUGAUGGGAGCAGCAUGGUUCACACCCUCCAAAGGACUCUUUCCUGAUGUGUAGAUAGGUUACAUGUCCGGUGUCUGUCAUCCCUAACUGGUCACUUGCGCCUCAGGUCAGUUUCAGUUGGUGAUGGAUGUUACUUGAUAGAGCUUAUUACUACUCUCUAUUUUGGGAAGCUAGAAGGUAAAAAGGGUCCAUUUUCAUUUUCUGAAAUGAAAUGAAUAAAUUACUUCUACUUACUGCUUUGAGUACAUGUUUAAUGACAGACUGAAGUACCCAGUUUUGUGUAUUAUAUGUACAUUUGAUUUUUAAAUAGCCUUUCCAAAGAAACGAGGGCAUGAUUAUUGUACAGUACUGUGACUGAUUUAAUCCGAUGUACAGAGCAGAGAGUGUUCCUAAGGGCAGAAAUAUUUAAUGGCACUUGUUCCUGUGUUUUGAACUCUUAUUCCUGAGACACUCAAACACUUUACACAGUGCUAAUAACUAAGUAGGAGAUAGUGAUCCAAUUGUUUGCUAAAUGAUUAUUUGUUUAAAUCUGUACAGUUUCAAGCAUUUACUUAUACAAAGAGUGUACAUACUUUAAAAAAUUAAUUUAAAAUGCUUUAUAUUAUUUGGCUAGAAAUUGCUGUUUUCAUAAAUGAAUUUUUUUAAAAAAUAAAGAUUUUUGCUUCCUAA